AUUCUAUCUAAUUUUGAGAAAUUAUUUUCUACGGCCGAAGUAAAAGAAUUUGUCGACAAACUUCGAGAGGAACAAGAAGAACGUGGAUUUGAAACAGCUCUUCAAAUAAAUGUGGCAUCUGCCUGUGCAAUUAAAGCCUUAAAGGGCUAUCGCAUGAAUCAAACAGUUGUUAAUGAAUUAAAAAAUAACAAAUGCGAGGAAGGACCUUCAAAAACGAAAUCCAUGAAAAGAAAAAAUAAUCUAAACGAGGAAGAUGCGAGCUCAGAGAUAGAGAAUAGUUCAGAAUAUGAUGAAAGACCAAAUAAAAUUAAAAAACAGGCUACAAAUGACAUUGAAGAAGUCAUUAGUAGUAGCGGUGCAAGUGAUAAAUCAAAUGAAGAAUCCUUUGAUA